AUGGAGUGCAAUGGAGUGAAGGGGAGUGAUUUUAUCAUCCCACCAUUCUGUGUGAAACAGGAGGGACAGCAAUUUACCCCCAUAAGUCCGCCGGAUUUUAUGUUUGUCGACCACUUCCUGGGGCUAGAUCCCGCCAAUAUGAGUAUGAAGCUGAUGUCACUGAAUUCGCAGAAGCAGGAACACUACCGCGGACGUGUGGGCGAACCAGCGGGUGGUCAUGGUGGCGGCGUUGGUGGAACAUCACCGGCUGGUGGGGCACCCGUGAAGAAGGAGCCCCCCGAGGAGGGUGGCAAGGUGUACCAGUGCCCCGUUUGCAUGAGAAUGUUCACAAAUAGCUACCACCUCAAGCGGCAUCACCUCAUACACACGGGGGAGAAGCCCUACGUGUGCACCAUGUGCCAGAUGAAGUUCAAUCGCAAUGAGCACCUCAAGCGACACAUUCUCACCCACACAAAUUCCCGGCCAUUCCUCUGCCCAGCGUGCCAGAAGACAUUCACGCGCAACGAAUACCUCAAGCGCCACAAGAUGAUCCACACUGGGGAGCGACCCUACAAAUGCAUCUUCUGCAGCAAUCGCUUCAGCCGGAAUGAUCAUCUCAAGAAGCAUCUGGCGCGAAUUCACAAAGUCACCCAACAACCCGCGCAUCCAGUCCCCUUCAUGCCGCACCAUCUGCCCCCGUCGCAGCCACUAUCUCUAGUCACCACAUCACCCCCAUGA